AUGCCGAAAGCAUUCCUCGUCCGCAAGCAGCGAAUUCUCGCCGCUCAUGCCAAAGAGCAGGCGGAAUUGGCGGCCAAGAGAGCCUUGCAAAUUGAGAGUUCGAGCCCCGACGAGCCACUUGCUCUGGUCUGUCCUCCAGUGACACCUCCCGCUAGUCCGGAUCAGACUCCGUCGGCUCCAACGCUACUCGCUCCCCUGAAACUUCCCGCGCAGGAAGAGCCCCUUAGUCUUACGACCAAGAAACGCAGUCAUGAGGAGUCCGAAGACGAACUAGUGAUCGAUGAGCGGCCGGAGAAUCAACGUGUCGUGCAAUGGUUCCCGGUUGUCAACCGUUCUUCGACUACCCCACCUCAGUCGGAGAGCGAAGAUGAAACGGUCACGUCGACCGUGCCCAUAUUGGGCCAUCCCGCCUACCAUCAUUCACCUUUCUCGUCGCAAAGGGUCCCCGUCAUCCAGGAGAUGCAAACCCCCCUGCGACCGCAGCCCUACUACCCCGUCGGGUACGAGGACCUGCGCGCCGACUACGCCCACAUGCAAGAGUUCGCACCGUCCGAUUACAAGACCCCCCUCAUGCAGCCCCAUCCUUGCUUGAGUCCCGAACUCCAGAGCCCAUCUUCUCCCAACGGAGAUUGGUCCCGUCAAGAACAAGUGAGUAGUAUGACAUCAGACGACGAGCACAGCAACGGAGUCGAUUCAGUGAGCCCGGGGCUGCAAGUUCGGGUUGAAGUUUUGAAACAACGGAUGGGCAUUCCCCACGCCGCCUCCAUCGAAUUCGUAAACGGAGGACACGGCAUCAAGAACCCACUCCUCAACCAGAAAGCUAAAACCGUUGUAUUUAACGGCUUCAACGGCCUCCAACGCUGCAAGGUGUGCGGCAAGUCGUUCGGACUCCAACGUCUCCUGAACCGUCACAUGAAGUGCCACAGCGACGUCAAGCGCUAUCUGUGCACAUUCUGCGGCAAGGGAUUCAACGAUACGUUCGACCUCAAGAGGCACACGCGCACUCACACUGGUGUCCGUCCGUACAAGUGCAACAUGUGCGAUAAGUCCUUCACUCAACGGUGCUCGCUCGAAUCGCAUUCGUUGAAGGUUCACGGUGCGAAGCACCAGUACGCGUACAAGGAGCGGAGGCAGAAGGUCUACGUGUGCGAGGAAUGCGGUCACACCACCAACGAGCCCGAAGUUCACUACCUCCAUCUAAAGGACAACCAUCCCUACAGCCCUGCGCUGCUGAAGUUCUACGACAAGCGCCACUUCAAGUUCCAGGACGGAUCUUUCCCCGUCACUCUGUUGCAGAAGCAACCGAACGAGGCGGUUGCCUAUUGAGAUGUAGCAGUCGCGCGUCGCUUCUCACGCAGAGAGAGAUGUUUGUUGUUCCUCACGGGGAUAGGAUGCACCCACAAAAUCGUGCAUCGGAGUGGUCGUCGACACAUUCUCCUAUACAACCUACUCGACAAGAAGGAAAACAACAAGUUCGUCAACAUUCCGGAUAGGCAUUUCAUCUCGUUUCGCUGACAGCUGACUUGACGUGAUUUUAUAAUUGCAAUGAGAACGGAACCCGCGGUGCUGAUAACGAUGAUGAGGGAGUCCGUAGAAUUCGCUCUUCGUGGGCAU